UGUUUAGCAUUUAUGUUUAGCAUUUAUGUUUAGCAUUUAUGUUUAGCUUUAGCAGCUGUUGACUUGUUUAUUUGUGCAGAUCCGCGGUUAAAGGCCAGACUUUCACCAUGUUUUUACUCAGACUGUUGUAAAUUCAUCUUAAAUCGUGUCUUUUUGCGGGUAAAGUGUUGAUUAAAGCGCCUGGAGCUUCAGAAUCAGUGUUUUUAAAGGAUCUGUGGAUAAAUGGCCACCUCCUCGGCUGAAAACACCACGUCCAGCUCCUCUGCGGCGGACAGUGGGAACCAGGACAGCACUUUUGAGUGUAACAUCUGUCUGGACACGGCCAAAGACGCGGUCAUCAGUCUGUGUGGUCACCUCUUCUGUUGGCCUUGUUUGCAUCAGUGGCUGGAGACUCGACCGACCAGACAAGUGUGUCCGGUGUGUAAAGCUGGAAUAAGUCGAGAUAAAGUGAUUCCACUGUACGGGAGAGGGAGCACCGGGCAGCAGGAUCCUCGAGAAAGAACUCCCCCUCGACCUCAAGGACAAAGACCUGAACCUGAGAAUCGUGGAGGAUUCCAGGGCUUUGGGUUUGGAGAUGGAGGAUUCCAGAUGUCGUUUGGAAUUGGUGCCUUUCCGUUUGGGAUUUUUGCCACUGCAUUUAACAUCAACGAUGGACGACCUCCACCGGCAGCUCCCGGGACGCCGCAGCACCUGGACGAGCAGUUUCUGUCACGGCUUUUCCUCUUUGUUGCUUUGGUAAUUAUGUUUUGGCUUUUGAUCGCUUGAUUAGUGAAACAAAACUGUUAGUAUUAAAAGAGUCUUUAAAUAUGUGCGAUUUACUUUGUCCC